CGCGGCGGCCUCCGUACUGCAACCCGGUUCCUGCGCGUUUGGGCCCGGCCGGUACCCGUCAGCGCGGUGGCGCCUGGGAAGGAGAGAUCAUGGCGGCAGAGCCGAGCAAGACGGAGAUUCAGACGCUCUUCAAGCGGCUUCGGGCGGCGCCGACGAACAAGUCGUGCUUCGACUGCGGCGCCAAGAACCCGAGCUGGGCCAGCAUCACCUACGGGGUCUUCCUCUGCAUCGACUGCUCCGGAGUCCACAGGUCCCUGGGCGUGCACCUCAGCUUCGUCAGGUCCACAGAGUUGGAUUCUAACUGGAACUGGUUCCAGCUGAGGUGUAUGCAAGUGGGCAGCAAUGCCAACGCGACUGCUUUCUUCCGCCAGCACGGCUGCACCACCACAGAUGCCAAUGCCAAGUACAACAGCCGAGCUGCCCAGAUGUACAGGGAGAAGAUCCGGCAACUGGCGAGCGCUGCCAUGGCCAAGUAUGGCACUGAUCUGCUUAUAGAUGGACUGAGUGGAGCCCCUGGGCACUCCCCUGACAAGAGCGAUGCUGAUUUCUUCAUGGAGCACACACAGUCUUCCAGCACCUGGGAUGUAGCAGAUGCCAGCCAGAAUCCUGCCCAGGCUUCCCCAGAGGUGGAAAAAGCAGCAAAGUCAUCAGAUGGCACUGAAGUGUCAAGUUCCAGCCAGGGCCCCUCUAUUGACUUGUUGAGCACAUCUCCUAAAGCUCCUCUAGACAUGUCCAUGUAUCUGUCAACACAAGGGCCUGUUCCUGCCAGAGAAAUUAAGUCUUCCCUCAUUGGAAAGAAGAAGCCAGGAGCUGCUAAGAAAGGGUUGGGUGCAAAAAAAGGUCUUGGAGCCCAGAAAGUGAGCAGCCAGAGCUUCAGUGAGAUUGAGCGUCAGGCCCAGGUGGCAGAGCAGCUGAGGGAGCAGCAGGCAGUGGAGUCCAGAAAACAAGCUGAGGAGUCUAUAGUCACCUCGAUGAGAUUGGCUUAUCAGGAACUGCAGCUGGAUCGGAAGAAGGAAGAGAAGAAGCUUCAGAACCUUGAAGGGAAGAAACGUGAACAAGCAGAGAGGCUGGGCAUGGGCUUGGUGACCAGAAGUUCUGUCUCACACUCAGUGAUGUCUGAGAUGCAAGUAAUUGAGCAGGAGACACCACUGGCUGUAAAAUCUUCCCGCUCCCAACUGGACUUGUUUGAAGAUGCUGGAGGCUUCACAUCUGGACCGCCCAAGUACAAAUAUAGUCCCUUCUCAUUUGAAGAUGGAUUUGGCUCACGGUGGGAAACGGACUCAUCGUGGGGUAUGGACAAAGAGGAGGAACCUGAGGUGACAAUAUCCAGUAUUCGGCCCGUUUCAGAGAGACCCACAAGCAGACGGGAGACAGAGAGCAGGACAUCUGUAGUGGAAUCCAACGAAGCUCGUCAGAAGUUUGCAGGGGCUAAAGCCAUCUCCUCAGAUAUGUUCUUUGGGCGUGAGGCAGAUGCUGAGUAUGAAGCCAGAUCCCGACUGCAGCAGCUCUCAGGCAGCAGUGCCAUCAGCUCUGCAGACCUGUUUGGAGAGGCUGAGAACACACACUCAGGUGGUGUCUCGAUUGGAAACGUCCUUCCUGCAGCUGACAUUGCACAGUUCAAGCAAGGGGUGAAAUCAGUUGCUGGCAAGAUGGCUGUCCUAGCCAAUGGAGUGAUGAACUCCCUCCAGGAUCGUUAUGGCUCAUAUUGAUGACCCAGGGACUGCAACCCAAAGGGAAGCCAGCAAGAAGCACUGAUGCCACCUUUGCCUGGAGCAAACUCUGCAGGACUGUCUUAGGCUGGGGUGGUGGGGAGGGGAGAAGAUAAACAGGACAUGGCUGUGCCCCGGAUGCUGUCUAAAUAUCUCUGGAUUCCACUCUAUUAAAAAUUCAGUGUGCCCUCAUAUCCACUGCUGUCUGCCAGCCAGUGGAGUCAGGCCUUCUUACAGGAUUAAUCUUACUGCUAUCACAGAUAUGACAGGAUGCCUGGGCUGCCCUUAUCUGUGUUCCUGCCCUUCUUGGCCCAUACCUUAGCUCAUCAAGUGAUGGUUGAAAGGGGAAUACUGUUUUUCUGUACAUCAUGUUACCCUGAUUCCCAUGGACAUGGCUGAUUUUUUUUUUCUGUUGUUCUGCUCAGUACUCCCAGUCCAUGGUACUGUGGAGUGCUCUUUGUUUGCAGGGUUUGACUUUUACCAUGGGAUAAUCCUUUUUACUGUCUUGUAAAACAGCAUAUAUUGAUGCAGGAGAAAAAAAAUCAAUCAAAAAUUAUUUUUUUAGCUUCUAAUUACAUCAUCAGCAAAAAAGGCCUGGGUAAGGAUCUACAACAGUAAAGCUAUUUACUGGAUCCCUGGUUCUUUUGUUGCCCAGCUUCAGACCGAGGGUAAAGUCCUGAACUUCUGACUUUACCAUGAGGUGAACUUUGAAGUGCAGCUGUGUGUGAGGACUGUCACUGUAUGAGGGCUCUGCAACUUGGCUCUCUGAUUCUGGUUUUAACAAGAGCAUGUUUUCAUCUGC